ACCUUUUAAAUUUCAUAGGAUUCGUAGCACAAACUCACCCAGGGAAUGUAUAGGCCAGGUACAAGAGGUUAUGGGCAUGAAGAUCGCUACGGAAUUAGAGAUGAUGACCGAAAUGGUUACAGGAGAGAGAGAGAGAGAGAGAAUAUGGCUAUAAGGAUGAUGACAGAAACAGUAGAGGUGGUGAUUCAUACAGUAGCAAUGAAGACCGUUAUGGUAGAGAUUUUGAUGGUGGUUACAAUGAUGAUGAUUAUAAUAGAGGAAGAAGACGAAGUAAUGAAGACUUUCAGUUUGGCCAGAGAAGUAGGAGUUCUGAUAGAUACAUGGUAUGUGGUUAUGAUGACGAUGGUCGUCAUUCAUCAAGGUAUUUGGUCUCAAGUGGAAAAGUAUUACUAUGGUGAUAUUGUAGCAGCAGCUAAAUCUACCUAUGAUUUGCAGAGGAAAUUGGUUAAGCAAGCAGAGUCUCGUGAUACUUAUAGUGAUAUUUUCCAAUGCCUCGGUCAGUUGACACAAACUAGGUUACCCAUCCAUUUGUGAACAUCAACAUAGAUCGAAUAUUGUAUGUCAGUCACAAAAUUUUAGGUUCCGUAAGGUUACUUGUGUACAUUUAUAUCAAUUGAAGAAUUCUUUCUUUAAUAAUAUUAUUUAGUGGUGAUUC